AUGUUUGGUGUUAAAAUAGAAGUUGAACAAAUAUUAAAAAGCUUAGAUGAUGAAACAAAUAGUUUAAGAAAUUCACUAAAUGAUUUUAAGAAAGUAAGUAAUAACCUUAUCAGUAAUUUGGAAGUUUUGAUUGACGAUAAUACAAGAAAAAAUGAAAAAAAUGGUACAAAUAAAGUUGAUAGUUCUUUAAAACAUAGUUUGGAUUCUUUUUCUGAAAUUAUUACAAGAGCAAUAAAUAGACAAGUUGAAGAUCAUAAAGAUAUGCACCAAAAUCUCUCUAAAUUAGGUAAAGUUAUUGAGAAACAAUUUAUCGAUGAUUAUAAUGGUUUAAUUAAUAAUCAAGAAGAUAUAUAUGAUAAUGAAGAUUUAUUAAAAUGUGUAAAUCAAUUAGUUCAUGAACAUUUACUUAGUAUUGGUGAUAUUGAUGCUGCUGAACUGUUGACAAAGGAAACAAAACUUGAUCCAGAUGGUCCAGAUUAUACUGAAUUGUAUCAUGUUGAAACGAUUGCAAAUGAAAUUUGUCAAUAUGAUAUAGAAAAUGCAUUAAAUUAUCUUCUUCAUAAGCAUAAAGAUGAAAAAGAAUUAAUAAAAGAUUUUAAACGUCUUUUAGCUCUUCAAUAUGUUGAACAAGGAAGAAAAAGUGAUGCUGUAAAAUUGACAAAAGAAAUAGCAGCCAUAUCAGAGAGUGAUGAAAUAAAUCAAGUUAAAGAAUUAAUGACAAAAAUAAUGUCAUAUCCUAAUUGUAAAAAUUGGGAAGCAUUUAAAACAAAAGAAAUUUAUCAGGAAUUAGCAAGUCGAUUUGCCAAAGUAGCUGUUGGAUUACCAGAACCAUUACAAAAAGUCGUUGAGACAGGUGUUUCUCUUUUCCCUACUUUUAUGAAUACAAGAGAAUUAAUGAAAGCUAGAGGUAGAAAUAUAUCUGAGGCUAACGAAUUACCAAUUGAUGCUGCAGAUCAAGAUGAACCACAACAUUCCGUAUUUGUUUGUCCUGUCUUAAAAUCAGCAUCAGAUUUUUCAAAUUUACCAGUAAGAUUAAAUUGUGGACAUGUUGUUGCAAAAGAUGCAUUAGAUAGAAUGGUAGUCACAAAUAGGGCUAAUAAAAUCAAAUGUAUAUAUUGCCCCAAAGAGUCAUAUAAAGAUGAAGCAAAACCACUAUAUUUAUGUUAA